UAAAUAACUUAAAAAAAAGAAAACGUUCAAAUGUUGACUUGUAUCAUUUAUAUGCCUUUGUAAUUGAAUUCGGCGAUGAUUUCAAAAUAAGUCACCAUUAUUAUAAAACAAAACAACAGACAAACAAACAAAAACGAAAUUAUCGGCGAGCGCUGGAAUAUAAUAGCCUUACAGGAAUAUUCAGCAGUAAUAUUGGGAAGAGUUAAUAGACAAGACUGAAGAGUCGCGGUACAGCUAUUAACAGAUUUACUGUUGUGCCUACGUAUAUGUUAGAUGGAUCUUAUAACGGCUUGAGGGGAUAAAUAACAAGGAUUGAUCAAUGAUGGAGGAUCCCGACACCAUUGUCGUUAUGGUUUUGUUGUCUAUCUUUUCCAUAUGCGGAACAAUUGGAAACAGUCUUGUUUUAUACAUCUACUCACAUAAAAAAGAAAAAUCAACAGCCGGUAUAUUCAUCAUGAGCCUUGCAGGCACAGACCUUUUCACGUGUCUGUUCCUCAUGCCGUUCUCCGAGGCUGUGGUGUACCUCGAGUACAGGCUGCAAUAUGAUGUUGCUUGCAAGAUUUAUAUGUUCUUUAUCACCUGCAACAUACCAUUUGCUGCUUUUAUAAUGGUUGCCAUAGCAACAGAUAGAUAUUUUUGUAUCUGUCAUCCAUUCCUUCAUGUACUUAAUAUAAAACGAGCGAAGAUUAUCGUUUUGUGUCUUUUAGCAGCUGCCUCCUCCUUUGGAAUUGUGACGUCACUGAUGCAUGGUGUGUACAGAUAUCAAGAUCCAAACGUACCACCAACGAACAAUCUUUCUAACAUUGAAAAAACAAAUUUUCAAAUAACUAACACAUUUGGAGGCCUUGGAGGAAAUAUUUCAAGCGUGCUGCAAAAUGGAGAAUUCAAAAACGAUACAAGUGAAAAUAGAACGAACAGUAUUGUUCAACUUUGUGCUCAAAACUUGACCUGUGUAAACGCAAGUACAUCAUCAGCUGACAACAUGAUGGAAGCCAACAUGGAUUUGGACGGUGUCUGUAUGCCGAAUUCUAUUAUUAUUGGUACAAAGUAUGUAGAUUUGUAUCAGAAGAUGUAUGCAGGGACAUACCUAUUGUCCUUCUUCGCCGUGGUUGUGUUGUAUGGGCUUAUUUACAAGUCAAUACACGAACAUAGGGCGAAACGGAGCAAACGGAAGCGUUCGAGUCUCUACCCAGCUGGUGUUGAGUUUUCAACGGUAGAAACGCAGUUUACGGCAGUUACACACGUAAAUCCACACAAAAGAGGAUCGUCCGAGAAUGGCACUUCAGAUCAAGCCCCGGAGGUUCAGCCUAUGCGCCCAAAGGCCAGGCAAAACAGUAAGGCUCUGUCGAUUAAAGAAAAGACUCUGAUCGCAAAUAUUCGGACGGCUGUAAUGCUUUUUGUAGUAACAAUAGUGUUUCUUGUUGCGUUUCUGCCAGCUUGGCUGAUGUCACUCCAGCUUAUGGAUUACAACCAGAUUGUAUUCUACAUGUACUUUAUGUACCACACAGCGAAUCCGUUCAUUUAUGCUUUCAUGAACAAAUCCUUCAGGGAUGACUUAGGAAAAGUUCUGAAAUGUCAAAGUAUGCCAAUGGUUAGAUAAACAAUUGAACGAAAUGCUAUUUCUUUGAAAGGAAGUUUACAUAUCCGUGAGAUACUUGAAUAUAUACAAUUCAGCAACUCAAGAAAAUGAUUAUGUUGAUGGUAAGGUAAACAAAACUGCUAAGAGCUGAAAUCAGUGAUAAAUCAUUUGGUUAUUCAAAAUGUUGAAUAUUAUAAUUUGAAACUUUGCGUAUAAUGUCCGCUAGUGAGGACAUCAACUAAACAGUAUAUAUUUAUACGAAUAAAGAGAGAAAUAACAAACAAACCCGGCUGCAAGACAAGACUAGUUCUAUUUCAGGGGAAAGGAUUGUACUGGGCAUUGUAAUAGGGAAUUCUAAAAGUUCAUAUGUUGAUAUGUACAUAAAAGACGGGUUUUAAUGCUAAAUUGGAAAUGGACACAAACCUACGAAGGAAAAUAAUAAUCAUUCUAGUUUGAAAUGAGUACAUUUAAAUAUACGAUUUCGUAUGCGGUAUAUACAUAAAAGACGGUUUUUAAUGCUAAAUUGGAAAGGGACACAAACCUUCUACGAAGGAAAAUAGUAAUCAUUCUAGAUUGAAAUGAGUACAUUUAAAUAUACGAUUUCGUAUGCGGUAUGUACAUAAAAGAUGGGUUUUAAUACUAACUUGGAAAGGGACACUAACCUUCUACGAAGGGAAAUAAUGCGCUACAAACUUAUCUGUAUUGAGGGAUUAUGUCUGCAGUUAUGAAUUAUUACUAAAUAUGUCUAACUUUUAUAUAUUGCAUUCUUCUUUGUGUAUAUGUCAACAAAAAUCAGUUACAUGGACAUAUAUGGAUUAGUCAGAAAAAAAAGAUUGGUUCAAAUCCACAAGGAUUGGUUUACGCGCGUGUCACCAACGUUUCCCGAAGAAUAUUGCAUGUGAUGUGACUGGAAGCAAACUUUAUAUACUGGCAAAAAGGUGUGAAAUUCUUUAACAAAUUCAAGUUAUACCAAUGUAGGAAGUUUGAAUGCAGCAUGUUUCAAUUAUUUAAAUUAUGUUGCAGAUUUACUGCGAUAUGAAAUGCAAACCUGCUGCACAGUAUAUUUCUUACUAAAAUUACGCGCUGCAUAUAUGCUGCAAACGCUGUAUGUUAUUUUCUUGUUUCUGUUAGGUUUAGUGUUACCCCAUAAUAUUGUGUAUCACGGACAUCUUUAGAACAUAAUAUUAUUUGUAUGUAACUGUCAAAGUUUUGUAAUGAUGAACGCUUUUAAAUACCACAGGCCAUACAUCAUAUCAAAAAGGUCUAUGAUACAUUCAGUAAAUCAAUGAUUGUGUAGUGCUUAUUAAACAUUUAAAACAUGUAAUUGUACCAAUAUGUUUGGCCUUAUUGUUAUGAAAAAGAUAAUAAUGUAGGUAUAACGCAUGUCUUUUCGUGUUAUAACAUCUGCAUCUUGCCACAGAGCGCGCAUAUAUAAAAAAAGUAUUAUAACAGCACGUGAGCGCGAGAAUCUCUUCUGUUAAAAACACCCCCGAAAAUGACAACAGCAGCCAAUUAUGUUAGAAUGAUGUAUCUCACAAGGUAGAUUUGACACAUCACCUUAUAUACAUGCAUCUGAAAGAAUGAAAAAUGACGGAGUGCUAUAUCAAUUUCAAAGGUGUUGUAGUAGUGCCUGUAU